AUGAGUAGCAUUGAGGGCGACUCAAAGGGCCAGACGGGCACCCAUCUGGAGAAGCAUGUCACGGCCGAAGAACGGGUCGAGAUGAGCGAGAACCUCGAGGCCAAGAUCCGCAACCCCCUCGCAGGAAUCCCCCACGACCAGCUCAUGCGCGAUGUCGAGGCCUUCGCCGAGUACCGGGGCCUCACUGAGCACGUCCACGUUCUGAAGAAAGGUGCUCUCGUCGCCCAGAACCCUGCUGGAGCUGCUGAGAUUGACGGCGAGUUCAAGCUUGAGCCGGCCGAGCUCGAGGUCCUUGAGCAGGAGGUCACCCACAAGUGGCGCAUGCCUGCCCGCCUGUUCCUCACCAUCGCUACCUGCUCAAUCGGAGCUGCUGUCCAGGGUUGGGACCAGACUGGUUCCAACGGUGCUAACAUCUUCUUCCCCGAAUACUACGGCAUCGGCGAUGACUCUGUCCGCUCUCGUAUCCUCGUUGGUAUUGUCAAUGCUGGUCCUUAUAUCGGUUCUGCUUUCAUUGGUUGCUGGCUGUCUGAUCCUAUCAACAAUGUCUUCGGUCGUCGUGGUGUCAUCUUCUUCUCUGCUCACUUCUGCAUCUGGCCCGUCAUUGGCUCUGCUUUCUGCGAGACAUGGGGACAACAGCUAGCCUGCCGUCUGCUGAUGGGUAUUGGAAUGGGUGUUAAGGCCUCUACUGUGCCCAUCUACGCCGCUGAGAACUCUCCCGCUUCGAUUCGUGGCGCUUUGGUCAUGUCGUGGCAGAUGUGGACCGCCUUUGGCAUCAUGCUUGGAACCGCCUUCAACUUGGCCAUCUUCUACGUUAAAAAUCAGUGGCGAUACAUGCUUGGCGCUCCUUUCCUUCCCGCGGUUCCUCUUCUCGUCCUCAUCUACUUCUGCCCUGAAUCCCCUCGUUGGUACAUGAAGAAGGGCCGCUACCAAGAUGCCUGGAAAUCCAUGAACAAGCUCCGAUUCAACGAGAUUCAGGUCGCUCGUGACAUUUACUACAUCAGCGCCCAGCUCGAGAUCGAGAACAACAUCAUUGGGGAGACCAACUACGCUCAGCGCUUCGGCCAGCUGCUCACCAUCCCCCGUGUCCGCCGCGCCACCCUCGCCGCCUUCACCGUCAUGCUUGCCCAGCAAAUGUGCGGAAUCAACAUCAUCGCCUUCUAUUCCACUACCAUUUUCCGUGAGUCUGGCAUGUCCGCCUUCAUCGCCACCGUCGGAUCCUUCGGUUUCGGUAUGGUCAACUGGCUCUUCUGCUUCCCCGCCUUCUGGACCAUCGACACCUUUGGCCGCCGAAGUCUGCUCCUCUUCACAUUCCCUCAGAUGUUCUGGACCCUGCUUGCCGCUGGUCUCUGCACUCUGAUCCCCAACACCGAGGCCAACAAGGACAUGAGAAUCGGUCUCAUCUGCCUGUUCGUGUACCUCUUUGGCGCAUUCUACUCCCCCGGUGAAGGUCCGGUUCCUUUCACAUACUCCGCUGAGGUUUUCCCCCUCUCUCACCGUGAGGUCGGCAUGUCUUUCGCCGUCGCUACCUGUCUGUUCUGGGCCGCCGUUUUGUCGAUUACUUUCCCUUUCCUCCUCGACCGUGCCCACGCGGUGGGUGCCUUCGGCAUGUAUGCUGGUUUGAAUAUCGUAGCCCUGGUAAUGAUCUUCUUCUGGGUUCCCGAGACGAUGCAGCGCACUCUCGAGGAACUCGACUGGGUUUUCGCCGUCCCCGUUGGGAAGUUCGCCCGCUACCAGGCCUUCACAGCCUUCCCAUUCUGGUUCAAGCGCUGGAUUCUCCUCGGUCGCUUCUGGGACAAGGAUGCCGUCUGCCCUCCUCUGUACCAGUUCGAGUCCGUUGCCGCCAGUGCUAAGAAGACUGCCAGCCAUGCCGAGCAAGCCAAGGCUUGA